AUGCAAAGGGAGGUGCUGGGUGAUCCCGGCAGGAGGGAGACGCUGGCGCACGUGUCCGUGGAGUGCGCCACGCUGCAGCCCCUGCACCUGCUCCGCCGGAGCUUGCUCCUCGAGUUGCGGCUGCACGUUUACGCGCUCGCCGUCCGUCGCCCCGCCUGGCCAGCCGCCUCCUGGCUGUCGGGCAGGCUCCCGGGGACACGGCGGCGUUCUUCCUCCGUGUCCGGCGCGCACGGCGGCCGGGUCUGGGCAGCGCUGAUCUCCGGUGUGAAACCAGCCGAGUCGUUGGCCGCGCUGCGCCGCCCACUGCUCUGCGGCCUCCGCUCCUCGGCCGUGCCGCUGCACAAGGCGGAGAGCGUGCGGGCCGAGGGUGCCUUCCAGGUGACGAUGCUGCCGGGGGACGGUGUCGGCCCGGAGCUUAUGCACGCGGUCAAGGAGGUGUUCAAGGCCGCCAGCGUUCCUGUGGUGUUUGACGAGCACCACCUGAGCGAGGUGCAGAACACGGCGUCGGAGGAGAAACUGGACGAGGUGGUGGACUCCAUGAAGGAGAGCAAGGUGGCCAUCAUAGGAAAGAUCCACACGCCUAUGGAGUAUAAGGGAGACCUGGCGUCCUACGACAUGCGGCUCAGGCGCAAGCUGGAUUUGUUCGCGAACGUGGUGCACGUGAAGAGCCUGCCUGGGUACAAAACACGACACAACAACCUGGACCUGGUGAUCAUCCGGGAACAGACGGAGGGCGAGUACAGCUCACUGGAGCACGAGAGCGCUACGGGUGUCAUCGAGUGUCUGAAGAUCAUCACGCGGGCCAAGUCACAGCGCAUCGCCAAAUUCGCCUUCGACUACGCCACCAAGCUGGGGCGCGCCAGGGUCACGGCUGUGCAUAAGGCCAACAUUAUGAAGCUGGGGGACGGGCUCUUCCUGCAGUGCUGUGAGGAGGUUUCCAAGCUCUACACCAAGAUCAAGUUCGACACCAUGAUCAUAGAUAACUGCUGCAUGCAGCUAGUGCAGAACCCCUACCAGUUCGAUGUCCUGGUGAUGCCCAACCUGUACGGGAACAUAAUUGACAACCUGGCGGCUGGCUUGGUGGGCGGUGCUGGCGUGGUGCCCGGCGAGAGCUACAGCGCUGAGUAUGCUGUGUUCGAGAUGGGUGCCCGCCACCCAUUUGCACAGGCAGUGGGCAGGAACAUCGCCAACCCCACUGCCAUGCUGCUCUCUGCUGCCAACAUGCUGCGUCACUUGAACCUGGAGUUUCACGCUAACAUCAUCUCGGAUGCUGUGAAGAAGGUGAUCAAGGUCGGCAAGGUCCGGACCCGGGACAUGGGCGGUUACUCUACCACCUCGGACUUCAUCAAGUCUGUGAUUGACAACCUGCACCCCCACUACGGGCUCUAGGCCCCCUGGCCGUGCCCAGCCCCAGGACUGCAUGUGUGCGCCAGCACCUCUCGCUUCCAGGCCCAGCGGACCUCUCACCUGGCCCCUGCCCCGGUGCCCUGAUGCUUGUCACCUGCUCUGUGGCUGCCAGGGUCAACCUGUUCUCCACAGCAGGCCCCUGGGAGGGGAUUAUCCCUACGAGCGCCCCAUGACUCCUACCUCCUUGGCAUCCAGCUGGUGCCUGUCCCAAGAGCCUGAGGCCUGCUGAGCACAGGUCAGGGGGCUGUG